AGCCCUUAGAAUGACCAAUUCUAAGCAACUUUCCAAUUGGCUUUCGUUAUGUAUUUUUCUUUCGUUUUUUUAACGAUUUACCUUUCUCUUCUGGUUCUUUCAAGCUUUCAAAUGGUGGUCACUGAACCCAUCUACAAAACAAACGCUCUGUUUAAUCUGUCCACAUAAGCAGCACUGGUUUAUUAUAGUAGGAACGCUCAGUAUUUGCUCAGCAGCCUGCUGGAACCUUUAUAUAAACAGGUUAUCUCUCAGCAAACAUGGAAGGAGGGCCCCACCCGGGAAUAUUAUCUGUAUUUGUUAAAUAAAUAGCGGAAUCUGGAUAAACGACAACUUUUGUCACAUUGUGUUUGAAGUCAACUGACAUAAAGGCUGGAUCCGACUUGGCCCAAAGGAUUCAGAUGAAGAGGCCUGGGACUGGCAUGAGUUAAUAUUGUCUGGAUCUGCUGGAGAUCAUUAAUGGCUGAACGCAGUCACACAGCCGCCCCCGUAAUAUCUCUGUGUACCGACAUCAUCAAUAUCCUUUAUUGAUUAGAAUAUAGCGAUGCUCGUGUAACCCUUUCCUGGCACUUAUUGAGGCACGGUUAUAGCUCAGUAUACGCUGGGCCACUAGCACAGCCAUGAUGGUACCUACAAAUGACUCCCGGGAUAGGCCUGGCUAUAAAUCCCAGGAAACACAGGUCUGAAACCAUUCUGUGCUGUUUUUCCUGCCACCAUGUGUACCGGCAAGUGUUCCAAGUUCAUCGGGAUCUCUCUCUUCCCCUUCUCCAUCAUCUGCAUCAUUGCCAACAUCUUACUCCUCUUCCCUGGAUUCGGUGUGGAGGCAAUCCAAGAUGCAGGCAGCAGGAUGACCCCUGAGGUUCUCUACCUUGGGGGGAUCAUUGGAGGGGGCUUCUUGGUUCUGAUUCCUGCCAUUCACAUUCUGGCCACGGGACAAAGGAAAAACUGCUGCAACAAUCGCUGUGGGAUGUUCCUGUCCAUCAUCUUUGCAGCUAUUGGGUUGGUUGGAGCAGUAUAUGCCCUGACUGUGUCUGCCUUUGGAAUGGUCUAUGGGCCUGUCUGUGAGUUCAGGAAUUCUACUGGUGCAUUGGUUUGGGGACAGAUCUUCAAAGACAACAUUAAAAACUUCAGUAAUGAGAGUUACCUCUUCAAUAAGGACCUCUGGCAAUUGUGUGAGAAACCAGAUAAUGUGGCGGUGUUCAACAUUUCUCUCUUUUCCAUCGUCCUGACUGCCAGUGCCAUAGAAAUCAUUCUGUGUGUUGUACAAGUUGUCAACGGCCUCGCCGGCUGCCUCUGUGGCACCUGCCAGAAAAAAUAAAUGAGACUGACAUGCCCCACACCCUAUGGCUUCCCUGAUUUCCUGUGUCCAAAGUUGUCUUCUCCAGAGGCUGGUUCCUUUGAGAGUCUCCACUGCUUCAUGGUCUAUCCCACCAGUUGAUUUGCCAUUUCCUGGGAUGGAGGCAUUGACUUUAUACCUGUACUUGUAUAUAGAUGCAGGGCCACCAUCUGCUGGCAGAAAUGUUGGUACUGCGUGCUUGUGUUUAUGGGGGUCCCCACAUGAUUAACUUUACUCCAAAGUUUCUGAUGGUGGCCCUGCAUAGAUGUCCGUAGGCAGAAUGAAAGGGUGUCCACCCCAGAUGAAGCCACUCUAUAUCUCCCAUGUGAGGGAUGCUGGGAGCUUUGCACUGGUGUACAUAUCAUUUGUAUUUAUAAUUUGUGUAAAUAGCUGUUUCUCAAUAAACCAAAUACAAACA